AUGACGACGGCCGAGACGACGACGGGGGCGGGCCAUGUCCGCGUGCUGCAGGAGCGCAUUGAGAGCGUCCGUGAGCAGCUGUGUCAGCUACAGGACCAAGUGGACCGCUACGAUUCCGUGGCAAAAACGCUGACAGAGCUGCCCAAGAAGCUCACGCACAGGGUGAUGGUCCCUAUGGGGAAGCGUGCUAUGGUUCCUGGCAAGAUCGUGCGCUCGAAUGAAGUGCUGGCGCACUUGGGCGACGAGUACUUUGCGUGGCGCUCGACGUCUCAAGCCGUUGAGCUGAUCGAGCGCAAGAAAAAGGAGCAGCAGCAGCAGAUUGAGACGCAAGAAGGAAUUCUGCGGGACCUGAGCAUGAAAGAGACAGACGUAAGUAGUGUCGCGCAGCUGAAAAAGAUGUACGAGGACGAGAACAUUCGUGAAAUACAAGAGACAGAGGAACAGAGUGAAGUGGUACCGGUGCCACGUGCCACAGAAGAAGACAUUUCAAACUACUUUGAAGUAGAAGAGGAAGAGCGAUUGAAACAAGAGCAGACGUCGUGGAACUGGGACGACAUGAUGAAGCGGAUGGAGCGUCUGGAAGCACUCGAGGCUGCUGGCGACAACACGAAUGAGACAACGAAAGAGGACGAGUCAGUGGGAGCUCAGGCAGAUGCGCUGAAAGCCAAAGGAAACGAGGCGUUUGCGCAACGACAAUUGCAGGCAGCGGCUCAGUAUUAUUCGCAAGCUAUCGAGUUGGACCCGACCUCUCAUAUUUUGUUUGGCAACCGUGCUGCAGCAUACCACCGCUUGAAGAAGUAUAAGCUAGCACUCGAAGAUGCUGACGUCGCCGUCUCGUUACAUGAGCCGUGGGUCAAAGGGCAUUAUCGUAGAGCCUGCGCUCUGGCAGCGUUGGAGCAGUUUGAGGAAGCUGCGGAAGCAUUCGAGCGUGCGAUGGAGUUGUGUCCCACGGACGACAAGCUGGAAAAGAAAGCAAAGCAAAUGCGCGAAAUGGCGAACUGCAGAAGAAUUGGUAGUAAGUAUGAGAAUGCUGCUCCGACACCAGAAUCGAAAGUUGAGACGACGAUAAUGACCUCCGAGCCGAGUGCAGCUUCUUCACCGUCACCGAAACCGGCAGUCCCGAUUGGGUCGUCAUCUUCGUUCACGCCUGCCUCUUCCGCAUUUUCGGGCAGUGUCAUGGAGCGCGAGGUCAAGGAGAAUGUGUCGUCAACUGCGACUCCGUCCGUAGUGUCACCAAACCCGCGAUAUUCCCGCUUCAAUGGCACAAACUAUACCGGCCAAACAGUGACGUUGGAGCAAGUGGGCGAAGCUCAACCCGUCAAUCGAGUGUCCCGCUUCAAAGCGGCUCGAGCGGCUCGCGAAUAA